AUGUGGGCACCCCAAUCUGAUGAUAAUAUUCAACGUCGUGACAGAACAGGUGCCGCCACUUUUGCUGAUUGGAGUGGCGGUGAUUGGAAAUUUGGAAGAAUGGUAGCAACUAGCAUGCCGGACCCAGAAUUUCGGAAACAGAGGGAGUUCAGAUGUGUUAGUGAUGGUCGAUAUAGAUUAUCUGGUGGUGGCAUAGAUCUGCUUGUAUCAGUAGAAUUUAUUCAAGUCAUAACUUCAACAUCUGACAUGAAAAGUGGACUGAAAGAUAUAUGUCGUGCAAUAUCACUAUGUUGUGAUAUAUGUAGUGUGAGGUAUGUUGUACAAUUGGAUUUGCAUCAGGUUUUACAUCGUGUUGGGAGGUCGGCUGGUAUAUGCGCCUCAUCACGGUGUUGGGGGGCAUGUAGUGGUACACUAUCAGGCAAUUAUGUUGACGAAUUGCCAUCCUCUAUAUGGCUUGAGACAGUAAAGGAUGAUGAUAUAAACGAGGAAGCUGCUCACCAGGUUUUGGUAACAAACGAGAUUCGAAGGAAGAUAAAUGCUAUCAAGUUAAUGUUGGAUUCCAUGGAAGAAGGAGAGAUAACCAUAUCAGCUUAUGACACAGCAUGGGUUGCUCUAGUAAAAAAUGUUAAUGAUGAAAAUUCACCUCAAUUCCCAUCCUGUCUUGAAUGGAUUGCCAAUAAUCAGCUACCCGAUGGCUCCUGGGGAGACGUUGAAUUAUUUGAAGCCCAUGACCGACUUAUUAACACCUUGGCUUGUGUUGUUGCUUUAAGAUCAUGGAAUAUGCAUCAUGACAAGUGUGAGAAAGGAAUUAAAUUCUUCAAGGAAAAUCUACACAAGCUUCAGGAUGAGAAUGUAGAGCAUAUGCCAAUCGGGUUUGAAGUUGCUUUUCCUUCUCUCCUCGAUUUAGCCGCAAGUUUGAAUAUUGAAGUGCCAGAUGAUUCUCCUAUCCUGAAACACAUUUUUGCAAUGAGAGACAUAAAGCUCAAAAAAAUACCGAAAGAAGUGAUGCACAAGGUGCCCACAACAUUGCUCCAUAGUUUGGAGGGAAUGCCAAAUUUGGACUGGAAACAACUUCUUCAGCUGCAGUCCCAAGACGGGUCAUUCUUAUUCUCUCCAUCCUCCACAGCUUAUGCUCUUAUGAUGACCAAAGAUGAAAAUGCUCUCAAAUACCUGGAAAAAACAGUCAAGAGGUUCAAUGGGGGAGUUCCAAAUGUCUUCCCGGUGGAUUUGUUUGAACACAUAUGGGUUGUUGAUCGGCUAGAUCGUCUUGGAAUUUCAAGAUACUUUCAAUCAGAGAUCAUGGAUUGUGUGAGUUAUAUUUCCAGAUUUUGGACUGAGAAGGGUAUUUGCUGGGCAAGGAAUUCAAAUGUUCAAGAUAUAGAUGACACAGCAAUGGGAUUUAGACUGCUAAGGUUGAAUGGUCACCAAGUUUCACCGAAUGUGUUCGAGCAUUUUAAGAAAAAUGGUGAAUUCUUCUGCUUCUCUGGGCAGUCAAACCAAGCUGUGACAGGGAUGUUUAAUCUUUUUAGAGCAUCUCAAGUGCUAUUUCAAGGAGAGAAGAUUCUUGAGGAUGCCAAGAAUUUUUCAGCAAACUUUUUAACUGAGAAACGUGCUGCUAACGAGCUCCUAGAUAAAUGGAUCAUAACCAAAGACUUACCUGGCGAGGUUAGUUACGCGCUGGAUGUGCCCUGGUAUGCUAGCUUAUCCCGAUUGGAGACAAGAUUUUUCCUUGAACAAUAUGGUGGCAACAAUGAUGUUUGGAUUGGCAAGACCCUUUAUAGGAUGCCCCACGUGAACAGUGAUCUUUAUCUGGAGCUCGCAAAGUUGGAUUACAGCAACUGUCAAGCAGUGCAUUGUGCAGAAUGGGAAAAAAUCCAAAGGUGGUACUCGGAAUCAGGACUAGAGGGGUUUGGAUUGAGCAAAAGAAGUGUCCUAUUUGCUUACUUUGUAGCAGCUGCAAGCAUAUUUGAGUCUGAGAGGUCUCGAGAGCGACUUGCAUGGGCAAAAACACUAGCGUUGCUCGAGACACUGAGGUCCUUUAUAAAGGAUAAAGAAACUAGGACUGCAUUUGUGGAGCGGUUUAACAGCAGCAUUAACGGACCAAACCAUUCAAACAAGCAAUUGAACAAGAGAGAGGAUGAACUCCUGGAGAUUUUGCUGGCAAACCUUGAUUACCUUGGGUUUGAGAUGUUCAAGGCUCAUGGUCAAGAAGUUUCUCAUUUUUUGAAUCAAACAUGGCAAGGCUGGCUGUCAAGUUGGCAAAAUGAAGGGAAAAGCACUCAAAGAGAAGCAGAACUGAUUGUUGAAACCAUAAAUUUAAUGGCUGGCUUUUGGUCAGAAGAACUUCAGCUCAAUCCACAGUACCAUAGGUUGCUGGAAGUUGCCAAUAGAGUCUGCCAUGGGCUCCGAAAUUACCAAAACGACAAGGCACAUGACAGUGGCAAAAGUAAGCUGAGUACAACCACUAUCACUACCCCUGAAAUAGAAUCAGAUAUGCAAGAACUUGUGCAACUGCUGGUCCAAAAUUCCUCAGAUGGCGUGCACUCCAAUAUCAAAAAUUCAUUUCUUACAGUGACUAAGAGCUUCUACUAUGCAGCAUAUUGUGACCCAGAGAACAUCGACUCUCAUAUUGAGAAGGUUCUCUUUCAAAAAGUGAUGUAA